GUAUCCUGGGUUCAAAAUCUCGGUCGAUACCGGUACGACUCGGCCGAGUCGUAUCCGCCUCGACCAUGGCCGGUACCGGACCGAUACCCGAGUUGGAUAACCAACACUUCCUUCUCUCACUGCAAAUUCAAAUGGACUUCUUCAAUCAAUUUUGUAAUUCGUAUCCAUUUCCGUCAGAUUCCCAUUCUGUCAGCACGCCAGAGAGUUCUUCAGCGUCGGACUGGCAGACCCGGAGGACCAUCCAAUCCGACGAGGAAGUUCUGCGGGCGUCGGAUCGGCCUAAGAAGCGCGCCUGUAGGAGGAAGUUUAAGGAGACACGGCACCCAGUGUACAGGGGAGUGAGGAGGAGGAACGGGAACAUGUGGGUGUGCGAGCUGCGGGAGCCCAAUAAGAAGUCGAGAAUAUGGCUGGGGACGUAUCCAACUGCCGAGAUGGCUGCCCGGGCGCAUGAUGUUGCUGCAUUAGCGUUUAGGGGCCGGAAGGCCUGUUUGAAUUUUGCUGACUCUGCGUGGAGUUUGCCCGUGCCAGUUUCGAAGGACUCCAUGGAGAUUAGGAGGGAAAUAUUUUUAGAGAUUUUUAAU